AUGUUAACUGAUGUAAUUAUCAGUUACCUUCACCGAGUAGUUCUUGAUGUUGCACCUGUUCCUAUGCCUAUGCCUAUGCCAGCGAUAGAGGGGUGUAUGUUGGUAUUUGAGUACAGGGUGGAGUUUAUUUUCUUGAACGAUUACGCUAGAGAGAUAGUUUUGAUAGAGCCAGAGAGGUGUAAGAGGUUUAAGGAUGGUCUUAAGAGGGAGAUUAGUUUGUAUUUGGUUACUAGUUAUUCAGAUGUGUUUGAUAUUUUGGUGGAUCUGGCUAAAGAUGUUGACAAUACCUUGGGUAGUGAUCUAUUUCGAGAGUUCUCUAGAAAUAGAUUGAUAGAUCUUAGUUCCCAAAGUUGUCCGACGAAGAGAGGUCGAGGUUUUGAUCAUCGUGAUUCUCUUCAAAGGCAGUCCAGUAGGGUGACUAGUCUAGAUAUUCAGACAGUUAAGAAUUUUCUUGAUGUUUUUCCUGAAGAGAUUAUGGGUUUGCUGCCAGAGUGUGAGGUGGAGUUUCGCAUUGAUACUUAUACCGAUUCAGCUCUUGUGUUUAUUGCUCCUUAUCACAUGGAACCUAAGGUGUUUUCUAAGAUUAACUUUCAUUUAGGGUAUUACCAGUUGAAGGUUAGUGAGUCAGAUGUGAUAAUGACGUCUUUCCAGAAGCAUUAUGGUCACUAUGAGUUAUUGGUGAUGGCGUUUGGGUUGACGAAUGCACCUGCUGCUUUAAUGGAUCUGAUGAAUUGUGAGUUUCAACUGUAUCUAGAUCAUUUUUUGGUGUUGUUCAUCAAUGAUAUCUUGAUGUAUUCAUGUUCUGAGGAAGAGCAUGAUUUGCAUCUUACGAUUGUCUUACAAGUGUUGAGGGAAAACAACUUGUAUGCGAAGUUUUCUAAGUGUGAGUUUGGGUUGAGUGAGGUAGUGUUCCUCGAUCAUGUUGUUUCAGCUGAGGGUAUUCGGGUUGAUCUUGUUGGGAUUUAUGAUGAUCUAUCGAUCAACCGAAAAUGUUAA